UAAUCCUCAAAUCCCACUCAGGGUCAGGAGGAUGCCAAUGAUACCGCUACUGAACCAUGCUUAUUUUGUAUCCAUUCAUCAAAUUAGCUGUAUUUCGGUGUGAUAUAUCACUUUAUAGGCUGUUUAUAUUAAGUGUCUGUGUGGAGUGGGGACUAUAGGACUGCUUAUCUUGAGAUCUAUGAGGACUAUGGACAGUGGACUACACUGACUAGAGGUAAAGGCUACACAGAUUGGCUGCCAUGAUCAGCACAUCAAGCACUCGUCCGUUCUUGGUGGUUGUGCCUCGCAUUGCCCCAAAUAUGGCCACAGACACAGAGGAGGACAGCGAGGAUGAAAUAGAUGAAACCCCUCCUGGCCCAGGACGUCUGUUCAAUGUGAACAACAGUAACAACAAUGAGGAGGAGGAGAAGAAAAAUAAGAAAAAGGACAAGAAAGAGAAGAAAGAGAAAAAAGAGAAAAAGAAAGAAAAGAAGAAGCAAAAAGAGCAGGAGGAGAAAGAAAAGGAGGAGAAAGAAAAGGAGGAGAAAGAAAAGGAGGAGAAAGAAAAGGAGGAGAAAGAAAAAAAGGAAAAAGAGGAAAAGGAGAAAAAGGAGAAAGAGAUGAAGGAGGGGCCCAAAGAAGCGUUUGUCAUCAACCCAGCGGGCAGUCUGUACUACAACUGGUUGUUGAUCAUCACAAUACCAGUCAUGUACAAUUGGACCAUGAUAAUAGCCAGGGCCUGCUUUGAGGAGCUGCAGGAUAAUCACCUAGUCACCUGGUUGAUUCUGGACUACACCUCUGAUGUCCUCUACCUGGCUGACAUGGCCUUCAGGACCAGGACAGGCUACCUGGAGCAAGGCCUGCUGGUCAAAGACAAGAAGCUGCUGCAGGAGCGUUACAUCAGCAGCCUCCAGUUCAAGCUGGACGCCGUCUCCAUGCUGCCCACCGAUGUGUUUUACAUCUUCCUGGGAAUCAACUACCCUGAGAUCCGUCUCAACAAACUCCUCCGAAUCACGCGUAUGAUGGAGUUCUUCACCCGCACCGAGACCAAGACCAACUACACCAACCUCUUCCGCAUCUCCAUCCUGGUCAUGUACAUCAUCAUCAUCAUCCACUGGAACGCCUGCCUCUACUACUCCUUCUCUAAGUCCAUCGGCUUCGGCUCUGACCCCUGGGUCUACCCGGACCUGAAUGACCCGGAAGAGCCAGAGUUCGGCGAACUGGGGAGGAAGUACUCCUUCAGCCUCUACUGGUCCACGCUGACGCUGACCACCAUCGGCGAGACGCCGUCACCGGAGCUGGACUCAGAGUUCUUCUUCCAUGUGCUAGACUUCCUGGUGGGUGUGCUUAUCUUCGCCACCCUGGUGGGCAACAUCAGCUCCAUGAUCUCCAACAUCAGUGCCGCGCGGGUCGAGUUUCAGGCACGCAUCGACAACAUCAAGCAGUACAUGCAGAAGUGGAAGGUGGACAAGGAACUGGAGCUGCGCGUCAUCACGUGGUUCGACUACCUGUGGACCAACGACAAGGCUCAGGAUGAAAGGGAGACGCUGCGCUACCUGCCCGACAAGCUCAGGGCCGAAAUCGCCAUUAACGUCCACCUAGAUACUCUCAAGAAGGUCCGCAUCUUCGCUGACUGCGAAGCGGGCCUGCUGAUUGAGCUGGUGCUCAAGCUGCAGCCCCAGGUUUUCAGCCCCGGCGACUACAUCUGUAAGAAGGGCGACAUCGGCCGUGAGAUGUAUAUUGUCAAAGAGGGCAAGCUGGCGGUGGUGGCUGACGAUGGCGUCACGCAGUUCUGCGUGCUGGGAGAUGGCAGCUACUUUGGGGAGAUCAGUAUCCUAGCGAUAAAGGGUUCUAAGGCAGGGAACCGGAGGACAGCCAACAUCCGCAGCAUUGGCUACUCAGAUCUCUUCUGCCUGUCCAAGGAUGACCUGAUGGAGUCGUUGACCGAGUACCCGGAAGCCAAGGGCAUGCUGGAGGAGAAAGGUCGUCAAAUCCUGCUGAAGGACGGCCUGCUGGAACUGGACCCUUCCAAAAUUAUCCCCGAAACCACAGAAAUCGAGGAGAAGGUGAACCGCAUCUACAGCAACCUGGAGCUGAUGCAGACCAAGCUGAAGAAGCUGCUGGGAGACUACAGCACCAGACAGAGGGCCACGAGGGAACGCAUCGCUGAGAUAGAGCGGCUGACUGGAGAGGAUGUGGCAGAGGAGGACCUAGAUGAGGAGGAGAAGGAGGGAAGGGGGGAGGAGAAAAAGGAAGGGGAGGCAGAAGAGAAAAAGGAGGAGAAGAAAGAGGAAGAGGAGAAGAGGUAGACAAGGAGGUUUUGUGAAGAAAAUUUUUUUUGACCCCAGAGAAAUAUUUUUUUGCAUAGCCCAAAGUUAGUUUAUUAAAAUCUUCAAAUAUUUCAUGACUUUUUCAAUCAAUGUUUUCUUAAUAAAUCUAUAUCAUUGGUUAGUGUUUCUGUAUCAAAAAGUAUUUUGGGGUCAUUUUGACCCCAGCCAUAAACAGCUAAUUCCUCUUAUAUUAAAUUGAUUAAUAGGACCUUUCUUGGAAACUAGGUUUAUCCGGAGACAUAAUAACAAGUUAUCAAUACCACCAGAGGCUGGAGGGGGACCUGUAUCAGUGAUUUUGACCAGAUAGACAGAUCAUCUGCAGAGAUAUAGCUCCCCAUGUACUCACCUACGAAUGUACUUUUCUAUACCACGUAUCAUAUGACUGUGUACAAAACCAAAAUUAUCAUAUGGUAUACGAAGUCUUCCAAUGGUAUACAUACUUUUUCCAACCUACACUGUGAAUGUUUAAAUUAUUCAAUAUAGACAAGAAAAAUACAAUAAUUUGUAUGUUAUUAGUUUAAGCACACUGUGUUUUUUUAUUGUUGUGACUUUUAUGACCAAUUUAUUCAAAAAUCCAGGUAAUUCCAAAGGGUUCACAUACUUUUUCUUGCCAGUGUAUAUUAUUGAUAGAACUGCAAUACAGAACUCGAAUAUGCUCUGAAUCUACACAGAAAGCUGUAUUGAUGUGUAUUCUCUGAAAACAAGUUAUUCUAGGGCAAAUCUAAAAAAGUAUUUAUUUGAAUCCAGGUUUCUUUGGAGACAUAAUAUUAAGUUAUACAUAUCCUCAGAGGGUGGAGUGGGAUCUGUUGGAGUGAUCUCAACUUGAUAGACAGAUCACCUGCACAGAUGGAGCAUCUUAUGUACUCACCUAUAGUUAUAAUUAGGUAUGUUCAAAAUUACCUUAGACAUAUGCUUAGUUGCAGUCAAUGGCCUAAAUACUUGGUAGAACUGUAAUAUAAUAACUAUCUACUCUCUGAAUGUACACAUAGUGCUGCAUUGGUGUGUAUUCAUAAAAUAAAUACCAGAAUUCCUAUUACCCUUCAAAAUUCUAUAUGUGCAACUUGUUGUGGUAUUUUGGUUGCUAUAACAUUUGGUUUAAAGUGACUUUGAGGAUUUGGGCAUGCUUUUUGAAGCAUCCUGCCAUAGACCCUACUACUCCCAUUGUUUCACUAGCAAUAAAGAAAACUAAGAUAUAUAUUUGGUCAUUGUCUCGAGGGAUUAAUCAUUUUUUUACAUUUUGGUGUACCGCCCCUUUAAUUGGCAGUCGAUUUUACCACAUAAAUAUGACAAAAUGUGUAUUUACAUCACAAUUCUAAAAACGAAAUGAUACUACAAUCAAAUGAUGGUAAAUCUUUUUUUUUGUAUUUACGUGGAUUGAGGUUUUUAGAAAUGUUUGUAAAUGAAUUACAAAUAAAAAACUGAAAUGUC